GUGGUAGUGGAGCUGCGUGGAGCGUGGGAGCAUGGAGACGAGCUCCUCUUGGGCCUCUGGCCUCAGGACACCGACCUCUCAGAGCUCUUCGCCUUCCCAGGGCCCCAGCCCGAUGGCGCGGCAUCAACUGAGCCACUGGCGCCGUCAGCGGCACCAGGAGUUUGGGUGUCCU